AUGGCGAAGAAAGGAGGUGAGUCGAGCACUUUCGGCGAGCGUGGGGGGGAGAAGGUGACGCCGGCACCAUCCCUCAAGCUUUCCAAGACCAACUACCGUGUUUGGUUGAUGAAUAUGGAGGUAUAUCUUGAUUCUCAUGACCUAUGGCAGGCAAUAGUUGGUAAGAAUGUUUCCAAGAAGAAGGACCAACAAUCUUUGGCACAAUUCCAGAGGAGAUGA